AUGGGCACAAACGGGAACACGAGAUGUGUUUUCCCGACACCUGCCGCUUGCGUUUCCCCAGCCCAGUUCCAGCCGACACCCACGCACUCGCAAGCCCGAGACCCCAGACCCACUCCAUCCUGGCCGCGGGGGGUACCGACCCCUUUCGCACCUUGCCGGGGGCUGCUGGGCGGCAAAGCGGCGGCUCUGCCCCCGGUCCCGCUCCCCGCGGCCUGUCCCAAGCACUCCCCGCAGCCCCGCGAUCCGACGCAACCCAACCCCGCUCCUCCCGGCCCUGCCCCACCGCUCGCCGCCUCACCGCCGCUACCCCCUAGCCAGCCCUGGCCUUCCCUCUACCCUCCCGCUCGCCCCCUGCCCAGGCGCACCCCGCACUCUCCCUCCGAAACGCCCCACACCUCCUCCUCCUCCGCCGCCCCUGAAACCCUCCGCCCGCUCCCCCGGCCCUGCUCGGGACUCACCCCGCACCUGUCCGGGAGAGGGCUAAGUGGGCAGACACGGACAGAGGAAGGCGAGGAGGGGGAGCGCCGGCAGGACAAGUCAGGGCAAGUCAGAGCAAAGCAGGGCAGAACUCCACUCCCGCUCCUCUCCGCGCCGCCUCCGCCCUCGACCCCUCGGGGCUUUUCCCCCAGGUACCCGCGGGGCUCCCCGUCCCCUGCGCGAUGA